AUGAAUCUCGUAGACCUACCCGCUUAUGUGAUAAAUAUGCCCCUUAUAACAGCGAUACGUCAGGACAACCUCCCUUAUGUAAUCGCCGCACUAGAAAAAUAUCCCUGCCUGGCCUGCUCUCUUUUGUACACUGUCGACGAGAAGCAAGUCCUGGGCCUGUUCAAGGGCCUCAUACAGCCACCUACUGCCCUUCUUCUGACACCCUUUGGCUACGCCUUUCUUUUCAGCAGCAAAGAAGUUCUCAAACAUCUUUUGUUGAACACCAACACCAGCCAACAGACCUGCUUCGUGGCUGACUGUCUGGACUCUGAACAACGGUGGCGAAAGCGACAUCGCAUCCUGGAGAUCCCUCCCAUGGCACUGCGCGUGCCUCAGGCUGAAACCUACCGUCCACUGAUGCUGAACAAAUUCAAUUUUGACAACCGACAGCAAAUAAACUGUCGGGUUUUCACUGGGACGGGCUUCAAAACAUCCCAAGUGGUGGCAGAGAGUGUCUGGGAGAUGGUCUGGUCUGUGUGGCCACCAGCUAAGGACGCCAACGUCCUGGUGGAAUUCACCGCAGUCCUGCUAAACGCCGGUUGCAACGCCAAACUACUGGUAAAGCGGCUAAAUUUUGAGAAACUAUUCAAUAGCUGCAAGCCCGCGGCGACAAAUCCAGCCAAUUUUGUCAGCUUCCUCUACCUCCUAAUAUUUCACGGAGCUGAUUUGCAAGACAACACUGUGCUCGCCAACUUUCUCAACGCCAUAGUCUAUUUGACCACAUUAGACACCCAGGAGACGCAUAUACUCAAAGGCCUGUUUAUUGCGGUAUACAAUUUGUCCAACGAUUUCAGUGAGUAUCCCAUUAUUGUCGGCAUCAUCAAAAGGGCCCUGAAGAUUGACAAGUUGUCCCGAAGUGUGCACCGCUCGCUCAAGUUUAUGUGCAUCCGCAAGAUACGCAGGCAGAUUGGCGGAGCGGGAUUCUUUCGCACCAUCUCAAAGAUGAACAUGGAUAAGGAGUGCAAAUACGCCCUCUUAACUGGAAUUCCCACAGUGAAUCAUGAGGCGGCUGUUCAACAGCUAGUGGAAGGUCUGCAGGCGGUAUAG